ACAAUGUCUGCCGAAAGAAGCUUUCUUACGGCUUUUGCAAAAGAAAACAACAACUGUUCUACAAGAUAGGCUAAGUAUUGAUUCAAGUGAAAACACAAACACAUCUUCAGCAGUUAUUGCUCUGAACGAUAUUUCUGUUAUUGAAAUUGCGUUGUGGAAUCUUCGACGGUUUGUGGUCUGCAAAGGAUUUGCACAUGCCGUGCAUUUUAGGCCGGCGCCAAAUAAAACCGUAACAUGACUGUUGAACAACCCGCACUACACCAGCGCUGUCACACACAGCCAAGAAGUGCAGAAGAAAACUAUAUAUAUGCACAGAUCAAGGAGAUAACUGGGGUAGAUGAUGAACGUGUGAUCAGAAGGGCUAUAACUGCCUGUCAGGACCGUGAUGGCAAAUACGAGAUUGAAAAUGUUGUAACAAUGCUGCUUGCUGAUGAUUUUGUCAAUCCAGCUUUGAAGAAGAAGUCUGCUGUGACACCAGUACCCUCUAUUGUUGUCCAAGAAGAUGCAGCAACUGAGGCAAAACCUGGAACAAAUACAGUAGACGCCAGGUCGCGCUUGGUUUCAUCGGAUCGAGAAACUACCACACAGGGAACACAAGAUGCUGGUGCUCAAGGGGUUACAGCAAGGAAAAGUGGAAAUGUUAUAGAUCUGACUAAUGAAAGUGCAUCGGGAAGUGAUCUCCACAAAGCCAUUGUUGCCAGUCUCCAAGACACACAAGGAAUUCUGGGAGGUCAGGUGUCACGCGAGGAACAAGAUAUAAGCAGAGUUUUGGAGCAGAGUUUAGCCGAGAGUAAGGCAGGUACUAAGAGAAAACGAGGAGAUAUCUGGUUCGUGGAUCCACUGAAUCCUCACGAGAGGAAGAGACAAGAUGACUGCCCCGUAGGACUCAAAAAUGUGGGAAACACCUGCUGGUUUAGCGCUGUCAUACAGUCGCUGUUUCAUAUACGAAGGUUUCGACACCUUGUCUUGAACUUCCAUUCACCAAAUGAGUCAGACCCAGGAAACGGAGCUGAGUCCAGAAAUCUACGCUUCAUGACAGAGCUGCGUUACUUAUUUGGGUUAAUGAUAGGAUCUCACAAGAAGUAUGUAGAUCCCUCUAAAGCUGUGGAAAUACUUAAGGAAGCUUUCUCUUCAUCUCCCUCCUCCUCAGGGGUAGGAGAGAGUCAACAGGAUGUAAGUGAGUUUCAACACAAGUUAUUGGAGUGGCUAGAGGACGCCUUCAAGGCAGAUACAUCCUGUCCUUCAUCACCAGAACAGCAAGAUGCUGCUGAGAGUGAUUCUAAUAUGAAGAAAAUGAAAAACCCGAUGGUGGAGUUGUUUUACGGACAGUAUCGAGCUGAAGGCACAAACGAGGGUAAGGGCUUCAGCAAUGACGAGACGUUCGGCCAGUUUCCUCUACAAGUGAAUGGUUUUCGUGAUGUUCACGAGAGUUUGGAAGCCGCGACUGCCCCUGGAGUGAUCGAAACUAUCAGUGGUAACACUACGCAAACGUCUGGUCAGGAGCUCUGGUUUACAAGACUGCCACCUGUAUUGACUUUUGAAUUAUCGAGAUUUCAAUUUAAUCAGCAAUUAGGACGACCAGAGAAAAUACACAACAAAAUAGAAUUUCCUCAGGUGAUCUACAUGGACAGGUACAUGUGUUGUAAUAAAAUAGAAACACGACACAGACGAGAACAAGUGAAAAAGUUACGAGAGGAAUUAUCUAUUUUAAAUACAAGGCUAAACAAAUUUAAUCAUUACGGGUCUGGAAGUAAGAAGGUUCCCCUACAGGAUGUAUUGUCAUAUGCUCUGGAGUUUGCCCAGAGUAAACCAGACCACAUUUCUAGUCUCCCGCAAGAUGUGGAAAUGGAAUCUCCAAAGCCACAAAGUGAUGUAAGUAUGGUAACAGAAUCAUCCCCAGUCAAGUCCCCUGGGACAGAUGUUACCAUGACUCCUGCAACUCCUCCCCGCCCUCAUCGGACACCAGGAGUAACCUCAAGUCCAGCCCCCCGCCACAUUACAGAUGGGGAACUGCAGGUGUUGCAGGAUUGUCUUCAUCGCUGGAGGACGGAAGUGGAACAGGAUGUGAGAGAGUUACAAGACAAUAUAAACAUACUAGAGGAAAAUGUCAACAAGAUGUACAGUGAUGACGCCAUGCAGAGGUAUCCAUAUCAGCUCCAUGCGGUCCUUGUUCAUGAAGGACAAGCUGCAUCAGGUCACUACUGGGCCUAUAUUUAUAACACAGCUAAAGACAAGUGGCUCAAGUUUAAUGACAUCACAGUGUCAGAAGCAUCCUGGGACGAGCUGGCAAAAGAAAGUGUUGGAGGAUACCACAAUGCUAGCGCCUACUGUCUCAUGUAUGUCGACAAGUCACAACUACAACAAACAGAUCUGGUAGAUACUGAGUUAAUAGGGAAGGACAUAGAUAAUCUACCUAAAGAUUUAAAGGAGUCUGUCAUCCUGGACAACAAGAAAUUUGAGGAGGAAAUUCUAGACUGGGACAAUGAACAGGCGAGAAAAGCUGCUGCAGAAUCAGGAGCUGCAUCGGAGCACAAACCAGUUGCCAGUACAAGUACAGUGGCCACUCAGACAUCCACAGUGUUUUACCCUGCCGUUCACGCAUCACUCUCUGUGGCAGACACUGCCGAGGCUGUAGCUAGCGUGGUGGACAAGGAAACCUUUAAUAUCAAGGAUACUGAACCAUCCCUCGUCAAUGUGAUAGAGUGUGAACUCAAGCGAGUGGAUCAAGUGGUUAGGAGUCUCUCUUCCAAACUACCAAUGGAAGAUCCUCGUUUACAGCACCCUCUAGUGUACCUCACAGCCUGUAACGCAGGAAAGCGUGUGUGUCACAGAAUCAUGUGUGAACAGGUGGCUUACUGUGGUCUUCUGGACAGCGAAGAGAGAUACAAAGCACUGAAGAACACAGCCCUACGGAUAGUCAAUACUAGUGACAAGCUGGACCAGGACAGGUGUCGGCUUUGGCAUGAAAAAUAUGACAAAUUUCGGAAGAUUGUUUACUGGUUUGUUCAAGGUGUUAGAUACUACAAUGAGGAAAACUAUGAGAAAGCGAUGCCUUACUUCCUACACAUCUAUGAAGAUAAUCGGAAACUUUUGAGUGACUUUGGACCUGAGGGAGGACUUUCUAAGAAACUUUUAAUGUACUAUAGACGGCACUGUAUGUUGAAACUUAACACUGUGAUGGCAGCUCGUUUUGAGGAGCAGGAUGAUGUAACGGAAACGCUACAAGUGAUGAACACACAUAUGUUACCAUGCCUACAACCAAUGACACACUCGUCCUCACAGGAGGACACUUGUGCUAUGGAAGUAGUACGGGAAAAGUGGUGUGCCUUCCUGGGACAGGAGAUUAGUGCUCGGAAAAUUGAAAAGCUACAAGAUUUCAUGUCAAAGCUGUUUGAUCCGCCAAAUGAGACACGGCCACCUGCACUACAGUCAGUACAGAUGCAGGACUUACGAGACUUGUAUAGACAGUAUAUCAAUGUGAUAGAGUGCGCAGUCAGAAAUGGUUCUGUCGGCAAAGCACUCAACAGUCAGUAAUGUGUGUCAGCGGUCAGGAGGGAGCCCUCUACAGAAUAAUUUAUGUCAGCAGUCAGGAGGGAGCCCUCCACAGAUUAAUUUAUGUCAGCGGUCAGGAGGGAGCCCUCCACAGAUUAAUUUAUGUCAGCGGUCAGUAGGAGGCCCUCAGUAUUCAGUAAUGUGUAUCAGUGUUCAGUAAGUAUCCCUCCACUGUCUGUAAUUUAUGUCUGUGGUCAGUACUAGGCCCUCAACAGUCUGUAAUGUGUGUCAGCAGUCAGACAGGAACCCUCCACUGUCUGUAAUUUAUGUCUGUGGUCAGUACUAGGCCCUCAACAGUCUGUAUUGUGUGUCAGCAGUCAGACAGGAACCCUCCACUGUCUGUAAUUUAUGUCUGUGGUCAGUACUAGGCCCUCAACAGUCUGUAUUGUGUGUCAGCAGUCAGACAGGAACCCUCCACUGUCUGUAAUUUAUGUCUGUGGUCAGUACUAGGCCCUCAACAGUCUGUAUUGUGUGUCAGCAGUCAGACAGGAACCCUCCACUGUCUGUAAUUUAUGUCUGUGGUCAGUACUAGGCCCUCAACAGUCUGUAUUGUGUGUCAGCAGUCAGGCAGGAACCCUCCACUGUCUGUAAUUUAUGUCUGUGGUCAGUACUAGGCCCUCAACAGUCUGUAUUGUGUGUCAGCAGUCAGGCAGGAACCCUCCACUGUCUGUAAUUUAUGUCUGUGGUCAGUACUAGGCCCUCAACAGUCUUUAUUGUGUGUCAGCAGUCAGGCAGGAACCCUCCACUGUCUGUAAUUUAUGUCUGUGGUCAGUACUAGGCCCUCAACAGUCUUUAUUGUGUGUCAGCAGUCAGUAGGUGUCGCUUAAGAGUGUUGAUAUGUCGUUAAUUGGAAACAAUAAUUGUUCUGUUAGUGUAGUCAGUGUUGAAUCACAGACACAUUUCUAGUGGCAUGAUUCCAAUGAUUGUAAGAAAGCUGAAGUGUACUUUAGAAAACUGCUGACAGUGCAGAAAGAAAUGAUUACUGGUGUUAGUAAAUUGAAUGAGUAGGUUAUAACAUUACCUGGCUACUGGAACUAGCCAAUGAAAGACCAGUGAAGCAUGGCUGCUGAUAAGUGAUGUGUGACUGUCACAGCUAGGUAAUUAGGGGCCAGUAAAACAUGGCUGCUGAUAACAAGUAAUGUAUGGCCAAACCCAGCUAGGUAAUUAGGGACCUGUAAAGCAUGGCUGCUGAUAAUGAGUGAUGUGUGGCCAUCCCAGCUAGGUAAUUAGGGACCUGUAAAGCAUGGCUGCUGAUAAUGAGUGAUGUGUGGCCAUCCCAGCUAGGUAAUUAGGGGUCUGUGAAGCAUGGCUGCUGAUAACGAGUGAUGUGUGACCAUCCAAGCUAGGUAAUUGGAUACAAGCAAAACAUGGCUACUGAUAACCAGUGAACUGUGAUUACAUCGAAAUGGAGAUGUGUGUGUCAGGAAGUCAGUGAUGUAUGACCGAUGAUAAACCAAAUAAUGUGAUAUUUAUUAUUUAUAUGAUCAUACCCAAUGUAUACAUUAUUCUCAUAUUCAUUGGGAUGAAAUGCACAUUUGUGUUGAAAAGUGCAUGCAAGUUGUUUUUUUUUUCUUUUUUAACAUUUAAGUAUAAGGUAGUGACUAUUGUAAAGGAAUAUUUGACUAAAGACACACUGAGGUCAAGUAUUCGUCAACAUAUUUCUUGGCCAGCAGCCUAUUUUACCAUUCAUACUUUUACUGAUUGUACCAUUUAAAUAUUUGUUUAAGUCCUGUAGGUUUAAUAAACUUUUUCUGUGGAUAUGAUGGUAAAUUUGAAUAUUUUGUCUCAGAAAUUGUAAAUAAAAACUAGAAAAUUGCCAAAACUAUGUUAAGUUCUUUAUAAAAAAAAAAUCAGGCCAUGUCUAUAAUAAAUUCUCUCCUGGACAAAUUGUGAAAUUGUUAGAAAAUUUUCAUAAUUGAUAAUAACUUUGCCCUUGACUUAAUGAUAAUGUUGAUCAAGAACUAUUUUUUUCAGAUAAACAGUUAAUAGACGUGAAGUUAGAAUAUAGAUAAUGCAAUAUUUUUCAUUUGGUGUGCUUGAAUGUUUUUCCUAUUGGCGUUGAAGACAGACAAAAUGUUGAAAACAUUUGGUCCAGGCACUUCGGGUCUGGAUGUGUCCAUUGCAUUGUUACUACCCCUGUGAUGGCAUGCUUGAUAGUGUUUGCCUGCUCGAAUUUAGAUUGGAUUUUGUCAAAAAACUGACUGUUCCCUUCCAGUAUCUUCAUUGAAAUCAUUGCCUUUGAAGAGAAAAAGUUUUUCCAACUUGUCAAAAAGAACAAUUUCAAUUCUUGAUAUGAAGUCAGAUUUUUAAAUGUUAGGAAAAAUUAAUUCUCAGAUGCUGAUUGUCGUAACAUUUAAAUCAUACUUUGUUCCUUUAAUAACUAAGUUACACUAAUUACAUAUUGUGAAGACAUUGCCACAAAAGUUAUCAAUGUUGAUCAUGACUUUUAUUUGGAGGAAUUGAAAAUUGUUUAGAAAAGCAGAUUUUGCCACUUAGUAUAAACACUUGAUUUGAUCAAACCACAUGUCUGCUGAUCUGAAAACAAUGUUGUUCUGACAAAAUGGGUUCAAAAAAAUAAUGACCAGAUUAUUAGCUUUUCAAACUUUACCACGAUGAUAUCUGUCAAAUUUGCUGGAGAAUCGUUUGGUAUUGUCAAACUUUUCUAUUAACUUUAUGUGAAAAUUUAAAGUACAAUGCAAUAUCGUUUGUAUGGAAACGUUGCUCCAGUCAUUAACGGGUAAAAGGAUUUUUUUCCUUAGCUAGGGCUGAAUAUAUUUACAUUAUAUCGUUUAGAAGGAAUGCAAAAAAAUGUGAUUUCCAUCGCAUCAGCUGAUACUGUCAUUUCAGUGUGGAGUGAGAUAUCAUUUGUGCUUUCACAGUCUAAAAACUUUAUAAUGAUAUUUGAAUGAUGCCAUGACUAUUGAACACUGAUAGGAGGUGAUCUGUAUGGUUGUAGAGCUCUGUUCAAUACACAUUCAUUGUUGUAGAAAUAGAAAAAAAAACUCCAGUCUUUCAUUUCAUGUAUUGGUUAACAAUGUAUUUAAUUAAAAGCUUUAAUUUGUAUUAGAUUGAUUCACAAAUAUAGCCCAGUUGUAUUUCAAUGUUGCAUUUUUCCUUUGAGUAGCUUUGUAAAUAAAUACUUGUACUCUCCAUUGCCAAACUGUAGCAACGCGUGAAAAACAUUUCCCAUUCACGUACUUUUUUUGAGAAAUGGAAACCAAAUCAGAGAAGUAGUCGUCACUAACUUUUCUUAAUUUACGAACAUUUUUUUUUUAGUUAAUUUUGUACACCAGAACUUUUAUUUUUUAUGCAGUCAUGUAUCUUAAGUCCAGACUUUAUCUUUGAUUGAGAUCUUAAGUAUGCUUAAGUAAAUUUUAGUUACACAUCACAGGCACUAAUUCAGUUUCAAGAGGAUAGCAAUCGUCCUUUUUAUAAAGGUUCACAUUUCAUGAAUGCUCCAUAUUGUUAGGCAAUUCAAGUGAAAAAUUCCAAAGAGUAUAUUGGAAAAGAUGUAAAUUUUUUUCAAGCUUAGUUGAAAUCUUAACACAAAAUAAAUGUUGUAUUUUAUAGAUGCAAAUAUGCCAAUUCCUGUUUGCAAAUAUCCAACAAUUUUUUUUAUUAGAAGAAGCUGUUAGCAACACUAUAGUGUCACCCUAUUGAAACUUACGUGCACAAAAAACUAUGAUAUUGUAAAUUUACAAUGUAGAAUUAGGUAGAGGAUGUCCUUCCAUCAUUUCUCAUUUUAUAAGGAAAAAUAUUGUGAAAACAUUUGUCCAUGCUUCUGUCAAAUGAUCAAUAGAAUCAUGCUUGUGUAGUGCUAAAUUUAUGUAGCUUGUUUCAAGUGAAAUUUUAGAAAGUCAUUUUAUUUUAAAGAUUAUAAUAUUACACAAGCAGUUGUGUUAGAUUGUCUAUAAAUCAAUGACUAGAAAUAUGAUGAUAUGAGUUAAUGAUCAGUGUAAACCUGUAUGUUUGGAUACUGUGAUCUGAUCUGUUUAUAGAAAUUCUACUCCGAUGAUCUGGAUUGGAUUUUAUUGUUUUAAGAUGUUUUAUUAUUCGUGUGUUUCUUCGUCACUUGCCAAAUUUGACAUCAAUUCCUGUGUAUGUAUUUAAAGUUAAAUUUGAAAAUUCAACUCAAAUCGGAAGGUUUUUAUCAAAUAAAUAGUGAAAGAUAUGUAGUUUGAUGAAUAGGUUAAUGAAUGAUUGUGAAAGUGUGAUUUGUUUUGAGACUCAGAAUGAAAGUGAGUUUAAUUUAUAAUUUAGGGGAUACAGAAAUGGAAAAUAAUCACACCCUGAAAGGAAAAAAAUCAUGUUUUCAUAAUAUGUAGCGCUUGUUAAAAAUCAUUUUUUUCUUAAUUUUGAAACCAGUUUUAUAGAAUCAAGUAACAUUUCUCAGAAAACAAAUGUUUUCAUUUAAAUCCUCAAUGAAUUUCUUUUUUCUUUUUUUUUCUCUUUUUGAGGAAUUCACUGUGUCUGAUGAUAUCAUCAUUAUUAUCUAUUAAAUCACACAUUUUAUGAAAGGUAUUUGUCGCUCCAGACAUAAUUACUUUUUACUUUAACAAUUAACUGAGACAAAAAUGUGUUCUCUAAACAACAAUUUUAUGAAUUUUCAAUUUCAUUUCUUAUGAUUAUACUUACAGAAUUUUUGAGCUUUUUGAAACUUGAAAAAUAACUAAAACAGAUCUAUCUGUCAAAAAGAAAGAAAAAAGGAAGAUUAUUUGCCGAGAAACACAUUAAGCUAUUAGGACAAACAGAUAAAAACAAGAUGAUUGUGUUUGUGGGUAUGUAUAAUUACUUGUGUUUUCACAGGUAUUUUUUGUAUCAAUAUUCUGUCACCUGGUAAUUAUAACAGUAUACAGAUAGAUACUUUCCCACCAAUACAGGUAGAAAUUUACCUAUAUACGUGGAAAAGUUGACCUGUACAGAUAGAUAUUUUACUUAUACAGGUAAAUAUUACCUAUACAGGUAGAUAUUUUAUCAGGUACGUUGUACUUAUUACCUAUUUUCAUAGAUAGAUGUUGUACCUGCUGUAAAUAUGUAUUGAAAUUUAGCUAGCUUCACUGCUUUGUAAAUAGUAUUCCAGAGUGUACAGUUAUGUUGAAAGUUGAAAUGAGAGGAAAUAUAUUCGAGAGAGUUGUUUAAAAAGAAUAAAAAAUUAAAUCUGA